GACAUCACUCCAGUUGUUCGGAGAAGCCGGAAGUGAAUACAGGAAAAAUACAACAAACGGAGCGGCCACUGUAACAGAUCCACACGAAGAGCUCGGUGAAGACAAGGCUGAACACUUCUCUCGUCUGAUCUUCAAGUUGAACCCGCAGCACCACCGGGCAGUCAUGUCGAGCAUGGAGAAACAUUUGUUCAAUCUCAAAUUUGCAGCCAAAGAACUUCAGCGGAACUCCAAAAAAUGUGACAAAGAAGAGAAAGCAGAGAAAGUGAAAGUCAAGAAGGCGAUCCAAAAGGGCAACAUGGAAGUUGCACGGAUACAUGCAGAAAACGCCAUUCGCCAGAAGAACCAAUCUGUGAACUUCCUCAGAAUGAGCGCGAGAGUGGAUGCAGUGGCUGCACGAGUACAGACUGCAGUCACCAUGAACCAAGUCACUAAGUCUAUGGCUGGGGUGGUGAAGGGCAUGGAUGCAACCCUGAAGAGUAUGAACCUUGAGAAGAUAUCAGGUCUGAUGGAGAAGUUUGAGCGUCAGUUUGAGACUCUGGAUGUUCAGACGGCUCAGAUGGAAGACUCGAUGAGCAGCACCACAACGCUGACCACACCACAGGGUCAAGUUGACACUCUUAUGAUGGAAAUGGCAGAUGAAGCAGGGCUGGAUCUCAAUAUGGAGCUUCCUCAAGGUCAGACAGGAUCAGUGGGAACCAGCGUAGCAUCUGCAGAACAGGAUGAGCUCUCUCAGAGACUGGCCAAACUCAGAGACCAGGUUUAAGGAGAAGUGGUGAUUUCUUUUCGUGCCGUCGAGGGCGUGAAGCUUUUCAUAUCCACAAUAAAACACUGAAAACAAUCUGUAAUGAUGCGCUGAAAAACUGAAUCGGAUAAACGGACUAAUGUUACGCGGUAACACUGCUGUCGUCAGGAUUACUCUGGGGUCCUGCUCUUCUCAAAUUAUUGGAUUAAAGAUGGUCAUAUUGGUGUAACAUUUCUUUGCUGUUUUUAUUUGCGCUAAUGUUUUAAAUAGCAGCUUGUCUCUCGGAUGUUCUGUCAGUGCUAGCUGAUGAGCAGACUAAUUGUUUGGUUCAGUUGUGUCUUGUUUCUUCUUGCUGCUCCUCUGCUUCAAGUGGAUUGUGGGAAUUUUUAACUUCAAAUGCAUGUGAUCAAGAUGAUGAUUUGAAUACAAUGUUCAUUUUGUCCAAUGCUGUAAAUCCCCAGUUUAACCUAUAUUUAUACACCCGUACAGAAGCUCUGAUCUUUGUUUUUUUUUUUGUUUUUUUUUUCCCUAAAUGUAAAACAAAAAGGAAAAAAAGCCUUUGGCAGUGUAUGGCUCAAGCAGUUGAUCUUCAGAUGAGAAUAUAUAAAUAUGUUUGUGUAUAUAAAUAAACAUUUUGCAACACA